AUGUUCGACACGUCGGCGGUACCGAUUUUCACAGGACAAAACUACUCCGCGUGGAAGUUUAAGUUCCAAGUGCUCAUGAUGGAGCGGGGACUUUGGGGUUUCUUCGAUGGAACGGAGAAGAGGCCGGACGACGAGAGCGGCAUCGCGGCAUGGAAGAAGAAGGACCAAAAUGCGUUCGCUACGUUGCUUUCGCGCAUCGGCAUCAAUCUCGUGAGCUCGGUGCGCAUGUGCAUCAAGCUCGAAGCGUCGGCGCAUGAAGCGUGGAAGCGGCUCGAGACCAUCCACGUGAACAAGACUCUCCACGGCAAGAUCCUAGCCCGGAAUGCAUUCUACACGGUGAAGAUGCGCGCGGGCGAAUCGAUGCACGAGUAUGCGACUCGUGUGGAGGAACUCGGGGAAUCGUUCAUGGACCUUGGUGGAACGGAGUCGCUCGUGUUAGUGGCCAGCAACGGGGACAAAACUCCAAGCGACGCGUGGUUCCUCGAUACCGGCGCAACGCAACACAUGACGAACUCGGCGUCGCUCCUCAACAACAUUGGCGCUCCGGGAGACGUCACGAGCAUCGUGUUCGGAAACAACGAAUCGCUACCGGUGGUUGGUGUUGGGAGUACGCGCCUCAUCGUCGAUAGCGGACCGGUGGACGUCAUGAACGUGCUUCACGUCCCGGGGGUGAAGGUGAACCUUCUAUCCGUCCCGCAACUUGCGAAGAAGGGCGUGAUAGCCACCAUCGACGGUGCGAAGAUGAACCUCUUUUGGAAGGGGGAGCAAUUCGCGCAAGGUGUUCUCAACGGAGAUAUCUACCAACUCAAGACGUACCCGAGAGCGGCUUCAUCCAACGUGGCGCAAGGCUCCAAGGCGACUCUCAAGGCGUGGCAUAAUAGGCUUGCGCACGCCAACUACGAGUCGGUCAAGGAGUUGGCCAACAAGGGUCUUGCGAAGGGAGUCAACAUGAUCGCCGGCGAUGGCGAGAAGGGCGUCACCACUGCCUCAGCUCAUGCCGCCAAGUGCUCGGCAUCAAGGAGCGAUGAGUGCAAGCCUUCCCCCUAUUCACCUGUGUAUUAUCUGCUCUUCACUCCCACACUCAUCCCACCUUCCAGGAGACAACCGCCUCAGCUCAUGCCGCACGGUGCUGGGUAUCAUGGGGCGCCGAGUGCAAGCCUUCUGUGUUCUCCUCCCCACGUCCCCACCCGCUACCCUUUGUGUAUUAUCUGCCAUACACCACACGCCAAACUCCCCCUACCAGGAGACUACCGCCUCAGCUCGAGCCGCACAGUGCUGGACAUCAUGGAGCGGCGCAUCCCCUUUGUGCCAUAUGGCGGCCUCUCAUUCGUCGACGUGCGGGACGUGGUAUGUGCCGCCCAUCAUUCCAUCACGUGGUAUGUGCGGUGGUAUGUGGAGCCAACCCAUCCAUCCAUGUCGCACACCACCACAUAG